AUGAUAGCCUCGGAAACAAAGCCCGAUAAUUUCACACUUGCUUGCAUUUUACGUGCUUGUUCCGAACAACUCAAUCUUGAAGCUCUUAAGCUUGUGCACAGGCAAGUAAUUGUUUCUGAUUUGGGAUUGGACUCCAUUACUGCUAGUGCACUUGUGUCAGCUUACUCUAAAUUUGGCCUCGUUGAUGAUGCAAGAAUGGUCUUUGAUAGGCUAAAGAACCAUGACUUGGUUUUACACAACACAAUGAUUACAGGUUAUGGAUCUUGUGGGUACUGGGAGAAAGCCCUAAAUUUGUUUAUUAUGAUGAGAAGAAUUGGAAAUCAACCCGAUGGGUAUACAGUGGUAGGGUUAUUAUCGGGUUUAACAUGUUCUAGUUUGCUGGAAAUCGGCCAAGGAAUCCAUGGUUAUUGUUUGAGAAGCGGGUUUGAUUCUAACAUACACAUAAGUAGUGUCCUUGUUAGUAUGUACUCAAGAUGUGGUUGUAUGAAUUCAGCCUAUAAAGUAUUUAGCGGUUUAUCGCAUCCCGAUUUAGUAACAUGGUCUGCUUUAAUAUCUGGGUUUUCACAAUCUGGAGAGUAUCAUAACGCCUUAACUUCUUUCAAGAAAAUGAACUCCUAUGGUGUCGAGCUGCAUGGCUAUGCCAUACGCCAUUGCCUACAUUCAGAGGUCAUGGUGUCUUCUGCAUUGAUAGACAUGUACUCAAAAUGUGGUUUUUUGGACUUGGCACUCAAGGUGUUCGAUGAAAUGCCUAAGAGAAACAUAGUUUCAUACAAUUCAGUCAUAGCAAGUCUUGGUUUAUACGGACUUGCAUCCGAGGCUUUUGAAGUGUUUCAUGAGGUUCUUGAACGAGGUCUAAAACCUGAUGAAUCUACUUUCACUGCUCUACUAUCUGCUUGCUCUCAUGGUGGUCUUCUUAAAGAAGGUCGAGACAUUUUCAGAAGAAUGAGGGACGAUUUUGGCAUUGAAGCAAAGACCGAACAUUAUGUUCAUUUUGUGAAGCUUCUUGGUAUGGCUGGGGAGUUAGAUGAGGCUUAUGAGCUUGUUAACUCGUUGGGAGAGCAUGUUGAUUCUGGUAUUUGGGGUGCACUUCUUUCUUGCUGUGAUGCGCAUAAUGAUUCGAAAAUGGCAGAGAUUGUGAGUAAGCGACUCCUUGAAGGUGAACAAGAGAGAAGCAACUACAAAAUUAUGGUUUCUAAUAUGCUUGCUGGAAAUGGAAGGUGGGAUGAUGUGAAAAAAUUGAGGGAUGAAUUAGAUGAUGUGGGUAAGAGGAAAGUUCGCGGGGUUAGCUGGAUUGAGAUCUAA